AUGCAAGCCCAGGGCUCCAAUCCCUUGGCCUGCCCCCUGCCUGAGGCCUCACCAGGCUCCCUCAGCCAGCAGGGGGCAGAGUUGGCCUCUGCGCCUACAGCAGCCCUGCUUGCCUGGAGCCUGAUGCAACCCCUCCGUCGGCAGCUAGAGACAGAUAAAGAAUGCCAGUCACUCCGCCUUUGCUGCAGACUUUCAUUUUGGGGAGCCAGCUGUUCCCGUGGCCUGUGUGGCACCUCCUGCCACUGGGCCAUCCCCCUUCCAGCUGCCCACUUUGUGCCUGGUGUGUUUCUGGUCAGGUCGGUGGGCCACGUCCACAAGCGAGUCACUGACCACCUGAGCGUCGUGUACUAUGUGGCAGACACCUUCUCUGAAGAAUACACGGGCUCCAGCCUCAAAACAGUGGAACGGAACGUGGAAGACGAUUAUAUCGCCAACCUCAGAAACAACUGUUGGAAGGAAAAGCAACAGAAGGAAGGCUUGCUGUACCGGGCCCGUUACUUCGGGGACACAGACAUGUACCACAGAGCACAGAAGAUGGGCACCCCGAGCUGCAGUCGGCUGUCAGAGACUAUGAAAUCCCUGGAGAACUUUUGGUGACACACACUGAGCCAAGGUGAUGGACUGUAUAUUUAAGGAAAGACAGACACAGGAAAACAAUUUAAGCGGAACUGGAGGCCGAACACCACCGCACAGCUCCCCUCUCAGCCAGUGACUGGAGAAAGCUCUUAGGACGGACAGACAGCCUGCUGCAGGCCCGCUUCCUCCCCUCCCAAGGGCUGGCAAGAAGCUCCACAUCACCAGCUCCUAGGAUACAGAAACCAUGGCAACAAAAGUAGAAUCUAAAACUCGCAGCACAUGUCUGUGGGGAAGGACUGGGGGAGGGGACACCCCACUGUCUCUCCUCCCCCCCCCCUCCCAGGAGCCAGCACCAGUCACCUCACAGGAGAAGCCAGGCAUAGGCAUAGGCCAAGGAACAGAGAGGAGAGAAUUCCCAGAGAAUGUAACAGGAAUGCGUAUGUAUGUAUAUAUAUCUAUUUAUAUGUAAAUAGACAUAUAUAGAGAUAUAUAUAUAUAUGUAAAGUCUUUUUUUAACUGUGCAGGGAUUGGGUUAAGCUGUCCAGCUGAUUUCUUCCAUAUUGUAGAAAAUGAGGCCCGUUGGGGAAGACAGCCAGUUUUCAGCUAGACAGUAGCCGUAGCCGACGGAGUGCGGAACGUCGGGUCGGAUGCUCUUCGAGUCCUCCUUAGCCCCAGCCUGGCUUCGAUGGCAACAGUAAUCAUGGUGGUAUAAAUGCAUAGAAAACUUCCAGAGGUCUCCAGGCUCAUGGUUAGGGUACGGGGAGCAGGCGAGAAAGGUACCCCUGGAGCUAGAUAGCUGGUCAGGGUCGGGCCACGUCCUCGGCCAGCCUCAGGUGGGCUCUCUGCUAUGGUGCCCAGGAGCCCUGGCGGCCAGUCCCCUGCCCAUACCUCUUCCCCACCCAGGUCCUCAGGUGGGUCUGCCUUACGGGGGCCACAGGGCACAGCUCCACCAUUGCCAACAGGCCCCCUCUGUAAGUUGUGCACCAAGGACUCCAGAAGGCUCUUCCUCUGGGAGGUUGACCCGAGUGCAGCCCAGCUCGUGAAGAAGAAGAGCCCGUGCCUGUGGGGACCUGUCUUUAUCUCCACAGUGGACUCCACCAGGCCUCUACUCACGGGAUGAAGAAUCCACGACAACCCGAACGGCUUUCCCCCUUCAGAUGAGGAAUUUUCUCAAAACAGCCAUCGCUGCCAGGGGAAGGCGGGAGCUUUCAUCUACUCCCACGACCACAGCGGGCCUUUGGGAACCGCCAUUUCCCCGGUGUUCCUGUGGCGGCGGCGGCGGAUGUGGCCGUGGCACCUGCCGUCUUCCAAAGCCUUACUUCCCCAAGCUGCCAGCCCAGAGGUGGCAUCUGUCCCCCCGGGGUGUCUCUCUCUCUCUCUCUCUCUCUCUCUCUCUCUCUCUCUCUCUCUCUCUCUCUCUCUCUCUCUCUCUCUCUCUCUCUCUCAACCCCAUAACAAAUAGGAUUCUUGCUGGUAAAGGAAGUUUGGUUAGGAAUAUCAAAUCUGGUUUUUUUUUUAAAACAAGGUCCCACCCUGCAAUGAAGUGGCCACCCUGGCCUAGAGAGAUCAUGAGAACUGGACGCGGGCCAGAGGACCCCACCCACAGUGGCCCUGGUGCUCUGCCUCCACCACCCCAACUGUCUGGUCUUGGUACCUGUCCCCAGAGGGCCUGAGCCACGUGCAAUAAGAACAUAGAUCCUAAAGGAUCCCCCAAGAAGCUGUAUUUCUUGAAUUAGAAUUCUGAAAUUGUACAUCUAUAAAUAUAUGUUUAUUAUGUGA